CCUCCAUCCUGCUCUGCCUCUGUGCAGUUUUUUUCUUUUCCCUCCUCAGCAGAAAGAGAAGACUUAGAGAGCCCGGCUUCAACUGAGCUACCCUCCUGUCUGCUGAAUGCACUGAAACCAACAGGAGCAAACACCGAGAAACCACACGAUUUCAGCCUAGAGCCGAAUCAGAAACAGCCUUUAAAGAGAAAAUGUGAAGAUCUUCGCUUGUCACAGUGUUGGAGAAGUCAAGAGUAAACCGGGAAAGAUGGCGAGGACUCACACUCGCAUGUUGCUCGCUUUGGCUCUGCUGGGAAUUUUCUUCCUCUGUGUGCCGGUGAAAGGACAGCAACAGGAGGAGGAGGAGAGAUCCUGUCAGGGUGCCUUCGACCUCUAUUUUGUCCUCGACAAGUGAGUGUCCGAUAUUAUUUAUGGCUUUGUUACUUUCUCCUCGCUGCGCAUUGCCAUGCAACCGCCCCAGUUGUUGGGAAACGCGGAGCGCAUCAGUCAGAUUCAGACCUCCUCGUUUCUGUUGUUGUUGUUUGGUUUUGCUGAAUAAAAGCAGCCUGGUUUUCCUGUUUAAGCUUGGAAGUGUUAUAAACUAGCUGUGACUGAAUGAUUUUGGAGCAGAAAAACAAACCUUACAUAUCUGGGAUAAGAUAGCGGUCUGUUGGUGAGAGAAAUCUCCACACGAGGAUGUCAUCUAAACUCAUUUUAACCCUCAAAGUUUAACUUUAGGGGACUUUUUGUUCAGGUCUGCUGUAUUGGGAUGACUAUUUUAGACAAUGGGGCUCUUGCUUUUCUUUUUUCUUCCCCCGGUUCAAAGUGGAGGGGCAAACAGGCAGAGCUUUACUCACGGGAUGUGGGCAGGGCGAGCAGGAUGGAUAGAGUUUCAGGCUGAUGACGCCUGCGGACACAGCUGCAGCUGCUGCCCCACAGACACAGAGAGGCCUGCACGGUCAUCCCUUUAAACUAUGGCCUACUAUUCUCCCAUCUACUGUGAGCUCACUGCAUCCUGGAACCGGCUAUUUUCUACUGGAGGUUUGACCUGUUAACUUGGGUUUUCACUGAACAAAAACAAAAGGGACAUGCUCAUCAGUGUCAGUGUCUAAGGCAGUUCAAAUCCAGUUCAAAAUGUUGGCUACAGCCCACAUUGGAGUUGCAAAAGUACAAAAUAAUCCCUCCUCUGAUAUGACCCACUUAUGCUUUUCACAGACUCUUUAAUUUGUCAGCCUGAACUACUUUCCCUCCAAGAAAAAGGUGCAGAAUACCUGAACUAAAACUACCAUUAAGUAAAUAAUGUGAAGUGAAUGGGUGUUCACUGUACAUCAUUAUUAUUAUUACCCAGAAACCAAUCAAAAUACAAAAAGAUUUUGUUGAUUAAAAUAUUAUUCAUACUGCCCCAUGGUUGUUUUUGUUUCCAUGGCAACAGUCUCUCAUUAGCCUCCUUGCUGCACAAAUCAGCACAUCACAUUUCAAUUCAAGCUCUAGUUUAAAACACAUGCCUUCAUACUUCUCAAGUAUCACAUUUCAUGGUACCUCUGAAGGAAAACUGAUGCUGAUAUUUUGACCUCUUUCAGCUCUCUUUCUUCAAAGCUCUGUAAUUUACACACAUUUAUGCUGCGUUCGAGUUGCCUCGGAAGUCAGAAGUCCGAGCUGAAAAUGAUGUCCCACCUGAGUUCCCAGCGUUUCAGUUUCCAAGUCAGAAAAAAGCAAAAUCGGAGGCCUGAAACAAGAUGGCAACAUCAGCGAAAGUUAUUUUAGCGCUUGAUUUAUAUUCAGACAAGGCAAGUGCUAAAAUAACGUAGAUGUAGCCAUCUUGUUCCUGCCUCUGAUUUUGCUUUUUUUCUGAUUUGGAAACUAAACUAACGAACUCAGGUGGGACGUCAUUUUCAGCUCGGACUUCUGACUUCAAAGGGAACUUGAACACAGCAUUAGACAUAAGUGAAAUAAAUUCUAAGUAACUUAAAGAUGCUCUCAUCUUCUCUGCUACCAGUGCGUGGAUUGCAGGACAGGAUUUUACUCCACCUCUCCUUUUCAGAGAUGGUUGGGAGCCCUGUAGCUCCUCAGGCUGCUCUCGCAUCUGUGCCAAGUAACUGUCAUUGUUUCCCAACUCUGAAGACUUGCCUGAAACUGUUGUUUUUGUAUUUGUAAUUAAUGCUGUUGCCUUUUCUAAAUAUUCAAAAGUAACGAAGAACAUCAGGGACAAAACUGACUGUUAGUAUAUCGUCAUUUUUAGACUGUUUUGUCCACAAGGGGCGCAAAAAUUGGACACUCUUAUAAACACUCUUAUCACCUAAAAUUGAACAGAUUUUAUAACUGAAAGGAGGAAUGCACUUAAGCCACCUCAGAACCUAACAAAAAUACCUCCAUCUCAAAACAGUGGGACUUUAUAGGCUGUAUGGUUUUCGCCACCUUUUUAGGGACUGACUGUUCCAGUAAUUACUCGUGUGUGAUCUCACCGCAGCCUCAGACCUGCUGAGCUGUUUGUUUUCUUUUUUUUCUUCAUAGCAGCUCAGACGUUAUAAUUGACAUUUUUGUCCUAUCUUGGGCUCCAGUUGCAAGGUGAAGUUCAAGCAUGUGGACGCAGAACAAUCAGACAUGUCAAAACAUGCUGAGUGAGCACAGAGAGAGACGCUGGAGAAAGAACAUCAAGCUGAACAACCUGCCCUAUUUUUUUUAAUGGAGAUAACAGGUUAUAAUCAGAUUUUGUUUUGAAGUGAAUGACAGAUUUGCAGCGUGUUGUGAUUAAGCAUUAAACAUUAAGACACUUAUGUUUAACAUUCAGUUAGGUAAUGGUAUAAGACAGCUUCCUGUAUGACCUCAGUUGUCCUAUUUUCACCACAUGAUGUGGACACAGUGAGUGACAUUUUGCUCCGACACAUUUUACGAUCUUUCGGACCUCCACCUUAGCAUCUGUCAUCCGCUCUUUAGUCUUUACCCUUUGAUUCAAAAAGUUUAGGAAGAGCCCGGAGAGCGUGGCAUUAUCACACAUGGCCAGCCCUGCGGUACGCCUCGCUUUGUUUGUCUGUCUAGACCGGCAUGUAUCAGCAAGCCUUCAGGAAGCUUCUGCUCUUUUUUUCCCCCACUGAGAUGGCAUCGACUCUUUGGCUGUUUCCAGACCUGAAGAUGCCAAGAGAACGAGUGUAAGAGUUGUCUUAACCUCCACAGUAUUUGCCUUACUCUCAUCUCUGGCCUCACUGUCCAGAAGGUUCAGAGACAUGCUGAGUCGAGACCGUGUGCAUGAGCUUCACUGGACAUUAGAAAAACUGAAACACCACCAGCUCCCCACAUUCCUUCACUCCAUGUCUGACCCCCACCAAAUACCAGGCCACAUAUUUCCUCUCUAUCUGAUGUCCCACAAAUAGAAGAAAAGAAGCUGUGUUUUGGGAUUUUUUUCUUUGCUCUAAAUACUUGCAGACAAUUCAAAACCCUACCCUUAUGUUACAAACCGACUGCAGUAAUUUAGAUCGACUCUGUAAAGCUUUCUCUUCUCUGCAGAGGUAAUUUCAUUAUGUGUCUACAGUAAACAGUAUGUAUCAAUAUGCUUUUCGAUAGUCGGCAUUCUGUGAUGUUUUGGUAGACUAUACGAAUAGUCAAUGAAAAUGAGAGUUGGGUCCACUUCAUGCUGAACCAAUCAUGUGCUGAAUUAGAAACAAGUAGCAAACAACUGCAGCUACACACAACCAUAGCACUAUAACAGGUGAAGCCGACAGCACUGUAGGUGAGGAAAAAAAAAACAAGAGCUACCCCCGACAUAAAUCACCAUGAAGGCUCAACAGAAGACGACAUCGUCGACAACACCGGCAUGAAAACGUUGGUGGUGGUUUGAGCUCGGACAUGAAGCGGAGUAAUGUGUACUGAAAAUUAUGUAAAGUCCAUGUUCUCGCAAAGUCGGGGAAUGCCUCAAAUCAUUUUCACCACCUGAAGCAGUGCCACGCAGCAGAGCACGUGCAACGCAAAAGGUUACAAACCCCGAGCGGAGCAAGGAGCCCAUGGCGCCUGUGCAGCCGAAACAGCCAACCAUUCAGUCCGCUUUAUCUAGCGUCACGCCUUACGACAAAACGUUGAUAAGACACAAAGACCUCACAGAUGCAGUAGCUUAUUGUAUUGCAAAAGACAUGCUACAAAUAAACACCGUUAAAUUUCAUUUAAGAGUUACAUUUAUUGUGAUAAACGUUUUCCCAUAUCGCCCAGGCCCAGUCUACAGUAUGUCAGCUAGCUAAUGUUCAUCCACAGAAGAGUUUAUUUUCUGAGUAUGAACAUUUAUUUAGUACAUGCAGGAUUCAUACAGAAAAUACAUUGGCCACUGUCUUAUUUUUAAGUCAUAUUUUUGACCUCCAAUGCCACAUUACUUAUUCACAAGCCCCACUUUCACAGUAGCUGUUUUCACACUGCCAAAUAUUUAUGCUCUUUUAACAACUUGCCUACAAUAUUAAUGUCACCGAUGCAUGAUGGUGGCAAGUUGACACAUUUUGUGAAGGUGUUACAGAGAGAAACUGGAUUAAAAAAAUGCACUGCACAGGUGUGUACAUGCAAGUGUGCACAAAGCUUUCAAAAUCACACACUCGGACGACAGUACUCUACUGUUACACGAUCAAUAUAAGAGUAUGAAGGCAUGAUGGCUGCAGAGCUGCCUCUAUGGUGCUGUUGCUAACUGGCAGUUUGAAUGAGGCUAUUGUCUGUUCAGUCCAGGACUGUUUAGUGUAAAAGUACAAAGACACAGUGUGCUGACUAUUCUCUCUCUUGCCAUACAAAAGUGAAAAAGGUUAACACCAGUGCUGAUUGAUGUGCGUUCGAAAACGGGAAAACCUGUGUUCAAAAAAGAUAUUUAUGACAUCAAAUCCAAAUCAAAGCAUAUCACCGUUUUUCCACCACGCCACGGUCAAAGAAAAUGUGCUCUUCCCCAAUCAGCAACACCUGUCACUGGUUCCCUCCCUACAUAUAACUGUGAGCUCCCCUGGUGUCACUUCCCCUUACAAUGGAAGUUACCAAAAUAAACAAGUAAACAUCAAAACAAUUACUUAAUCUGGCUCCUACACAUGGUGAUGGCAGAGUUUUGACACUUAUUAUUAACAUAUUGUUCUACAUUCAAGGUGAGCUCUUUAAUUCACUCUGAUUAGUUCAACAAACACCUGAUGGGCUAGCAAACAUUUUCAGACCCUUCUGCACUGAAAGUGAGCUUUUUUUGUGUAGAUCAGUUUACAUUUCAAAUCUGAAUAUUAAGAUAAGAUGAUACUGCUGAGCCUGCUCUCAGGAGACUCGUCCAGUAUGAGGGCUUUUAUCCUGCCCACACUUUUAGACAAAAAGGAUAAGUGGAGCAGGAAGCGACUGGUUAAAGAAGUGGUACAAAGGAGCCAUCGUUAACCUAACCAGCCCGGACUUUCACUGUUUAUGACCCCCACACACACACUCACACACUCAGAGUCCUGUCUUGUGUUUAGCAGAGCUCGCUGUAGAAGCUGUUUGAUGUUGCAUCCUUAACUAGACCCUCACACUCACAUUUACCCCCUGCCGAGUGUUACUACUUUGUCCUGCUGUUGUUCAUGUCCCAGCCUUUUCACUUUGUGGACCCCCAACCUGUUGUAAGACUGGCUGUGCUCACUGAGACCAUCUGUUCCCCCUCACGAGUCCCACACACACACACAUACACACACGCGCACUCGUAUAAACACAAGCAACACAGAGUGACACACGGGCCAGCUGCCUGCUACAUGGUCCCUGCUAGAGGCAGACUGCUACAUCUGUCCCUGUCUAACCUCCACCCCUCUGGCCCAGCAGCAAUUAGCCCCCAUUAGCAGCCCCCUGGGACUGAGCUUCAUUAAGGAGACUGUCAUGGCUGCAGCAGCGUGCAGGAAGCUGACCAGCAGCUCUCACCGCUAUAACAGGUUACUGUCCAAAGUGAAGGAAUCUGCCCGACUGGCUGGGGGAAUGUCCUCAAAUGUGGAUGAGAGAAACUAUGACUGUUGGUUCAGGAACAUGACCAUUAAAUCCGGUUAGUCACAAGAACCUUACAACACUUGACUACAUCUGAAUCACCGGGUAAGAGGAAAGGAUUGGUGUCUUAUUUAGGAGUGUUUGAUUUUGAGGUACCUCUGUUUACUGAGGCUGAGGUAGAGUUGAAUUAUAUUAACCGAAGAUAAGUCGUGCUUUUGCCGACUUGGAUGUAAACAAGACUUCAUGCUGGCAGCCUGAAGGAAAGCAAAAUGACUCAAACUCUUCAUUUGAAGAGGAGCACAGAAAACUAAAAAGACCGUAAAAAUGCUGCACUGAUUCAACUCCUCUACAAAUAAGUCUUUUGUGGAAAAACUUGUAUAAUGUAACAAAUUGAUUAAAAUGCUUCUGAUGGUGAUGAAAAAUGAAAACCACAAUGUUGACCUGAUGUUUGAAGUGGAUCAAAAGUUUGGAGACACCAAAGAAACACUUAAUACUCUACAGAAAUUUUCUUGCUAGGUUGUUAUGGACCAAAAUGUCAGACACGUUAGCAUUUAAUCUCUGGAGAAACACAACUGUGGCUCCCAUGGUCUCACACAUUUGGCUUUGAUUUUAAACUAUUAGCAUAAAAAGCACCUCUGUAUUUGCAUGAAUAAUCCCUGGGACAGCUGGCUAUAUUAACUAGAAAUCCAGUGUCUAAUAAAAAUAAUAGUUUUGGCUGUAGCAAAGGAUAAUUAUUUAUCCUUGGAAACAUCACUUGUGUCCUUUUAAGGUUGUGCUUUUGUUGUUUUUCAGAUCUGGAAGUGUAAAGAAUCACUGGAUAGAGAUUUAUUCCUUUGUGCAGCAGCUGGCAGAGAAGUUUAUCAGGUAAAAGCACGAUUAGUCAUUCAAGAAUCUGCCCGUUUUCUAUUUCUGUCUGUUUAAAUAUGAAACAACUGUGUGUCUACAGCCCCAUGCUGCGAAUGUCCUUCAUCGUCUUCUCCACACGAGGAACCAUCAUCCUGAAACUGACUGAAAACAGGUAAAAAGCCACAUCUGAACAACACAUGAUCUGUCACUUUUUUCUCAUGUCUGGUUCCUCUUCUCUCUGCGCUAUUCAGACUCUCUAAUACUUCACAUGUCCUCUCUGCUCGUGUUUAUGUGAAGUUUUCCAAACUUCUGAAAACAGGGAUUUUCUGACCAGAUUUUUCUUGCUGCUUCAAAUUGAAUUGAUCACAAAUGAUAUCCAGAUUGAAGCAACCAAGUAAUACAAACCAGUAAUACAAAAAGUUCAUUCAGUCUCCUGGGGAUGUCUUGUGUUGAGGAUUGGCUUGAAUACCACUUUAGCCACGCAAUUACCCGCCAACUCAAACCAUUCACCGCCUCUUGCUUUCUUUCUACAAUAUUGGGAAUAUUUCUCAAUGUGCUUCCCAAAAAGCAGCUUUUCCAGUGUAUUUUAUCAGCCUCUUUGUCUGUUUAUCCUGCAGGGAGGCCAUCGAUGGAGGCUUAAGGGCUCUGAGUAGAGUUAUCCCGGGAGGAGACACAUUUAUGAACUUAGGCCUGGAGAUGGUAAGGAAGAGGCUGAGGAUCUAACUGUGCAAAGCCAGCCUAAAUCACACUGACUCAGUAUUCAACAUUUAACUUGAAAUAUUUACUCUGGAUAGAACGAGCCCAGCAGCCAGGGCAACACCAAUAUAAGAAGCACACAUGGAGUGCCUGAGAUCAUGUGAUUUGUCCAUUCUUGACUGCUAAUCCUUGUGAGCCCAUGAAACCAGGCAUUGUGAAAUUAAGUCACUCUGCCAUGUGGUUUCAUUCUCAUUUUUUGGAUCCGAAACAUGUUUUGGUGGUUAAAAAUUUAACAACAUUUGUAGAUGAGUACCAAGUUCAAGAAUUUAAACAAAGACUAAAAGAGAUGCCUGUGAUGCUAACGCAGACUGGACCUCAUAAAAUGAGGAUUAUGAUCUGGCUUCGAGUUACUUAAGUCAUUUUUUAUUUAGUGCAGUUGGUACGUCUAUAAACCUUUGUUCUGUGUUGUUUUUUACUGAAUUGAUCACAUAUUUUCACUAAUACCUUAUUUCAUUGCAGGCUAAUAUGCAGAUUUUCCAAGAGAAGCAUGGUGAGCUGUGCUGUGAACUAGUAAAGCACAUUAGCUUUCAUGUGGUCAGUUGUUACAGAGAAACUAAGAGUUUGUUGUCCUGCAGGGCCUGCCAGUGUUAUCAUCGCUCUAACUGAUGGAGAACUAAAUGAGUGGCAGUUUGACACUGCUCAGCGAGAGGUAAGAUAUCUCAUCAGUCAGAUUUAAUGCUCACAAACACUGCUAUAAUGAGAGCUCUUACUCCUUGGUCUAACUUUUGAGUCUGUCCAGCUUUUUUGUUUAAAAAGAAAAUUCUGAUGGUCUGAACGGCUGCCGGUGCUUAAAAUCAUCAAGUGACCUACAUAACUGGCGACUUUCAGCCAAAUUAGUCUGAGGAUGUUGUUUAAAAAGCAAGUGAAAACAGGAAGAAAACCCUUUGCUGUCCCCAUAAAUGCCUCUUUGUUUAGUUUUCAUUGCAACAUCAGACUUUACUAUUCUCUUUUUGAACACAGCUUGAUGUUGUGGUAAACAAGGAAAGCGCAAAUGGCUCUUUCAAUGAAUCUCAUACUAAUGAUCUGGGUUUAACUUCCUCCUCGGAGUCUUACCAAGACAAAUGACACGUAAACUAACUAUUCGGUUAUUUUCCGCGUUAACAACAAUAACUAAACAAAUAAAUGAGAGAGUUCAGGGUUGAACCACUGAGAGAGAGAGAAAGAGAGAGAGAGUGGUUUCAAGUCUAGAGCAUGAAAAAGUGCACCAUUGUCAAUACAAUAAAUUACUGUAAGUGCUGCAUAUUAUUUACUCAUAAAGCACAAAGGCAGCUAUAGCCUACAACAACAAGACGCAAGCUAAACCACUUUGGUGUUUGAAGUUUGGUUUCCAACACAAAUAACUGGCCUUUUAAGACCACAAAUUAAUGAUGUAAAUGCUCACAAUGAUGUAAAGAUGUCAAGUUAAGGUUCUUUUGCCAAGCAAUGGGACCAGAAACAUCAUACAAACCAGCAGAUUUAAUUCAGAACAGCCAUCAUGAAUCAAAUGUACAACAUAUGAGUCCCUCAAAAUGGAUUUAAAACACCAUUUUUUAUGUGGCCCACUUUAAUUCAGAAAACAACACAACAAAGGGAGAAGAAGCAGAGAUGAUUGUCAAACUAACCCAUAGGCCUGCACCAACAAAAAUCUAAAAUGGCCAUCUCUUCAAGACCAAGAAUAAGUGCUCAGAAAUGACAAAAGCCACUUAUGGUCUUAAAUGUGUUCAUCACACUGUGGAUGACCGGUCAAUCCUAAAAUAUCUCUUAUAACCGACUCAAAAGUUGAUCCACAACACCGAAUUUGGAUCAGUGCAGUUGACAGCAGGACGAAAUCCCAGUCCGUGUUUUACCACAGUUCACUUCCACAUUUUAAAUACAAGUACCACUUGAGUCCUGUCACUAAAAAUACACCUUUGUAAAAACUAAGCGACUAAAGAGCAAUUGCGAAGAAGAAAACAGAAAAGUCUAAGAAAAAAACGCAUGUGCAGAGUAAAAAAAACAGCGUUACCUUGAAAAGUUCCGUUGACUCCGGUCCGUGUUUUCCGUUGAGCCAGUUCGCCGGAUAUGUCCCCGUCCCCAUACACCUCGGUAGUUCCCGAACAAAAAUAUACUUUUUCCAGUCAUUGUAUCAUUUGGGUGUUUUCCGUUGGAUGAUGGAAGAAAAUGUGCAUGAACUGGUAGAUUUUCUUUCUACGAAAAUCGAGAAAAGACGCUCGAAACAACCAAAUUACAGAUGCGGCGGGCGCUUCCUUGAAGCCUCCGCCAUCUUUGAUUUCCGCAUCGACGCCAUAUUCCUCUAUAAGAAAAAUUAGGCGGCAAGAGUGGAGGUGUUUCCGGAAGAGAAGGACAGGUGAGCAGACAGAGAGGAAAUACAGUUCUAGUCCGACAGGCGGUACAGAAAUAAAUUAAAGUAUUGAAUCAUUUAUUAUUCAUAGUAUUCAGGUAUUCUAUUUAAGGUAUGUUUGUUUUUAUUUUGUUUUUCAUUCUGUUGUCUUUUUAGUAUUUUAUUUAUUUUAUUGUAUUUUGCUGGACUGCUAUGACAAUUUAAUUUCGCUUCGGGGCUAAAGUAUCUAUCUAUCUAUCUAUCUAUCUAAAUUAGUGGACAAAAACACUGAAAUGCCUGUGGUUCCUAUCCAAACUGAUCUCAGAUCAACAACUCAUGUAGAAUUAGAUCCAAGCAGCCUGUGGUCUUGAUGGUAUAUGGAAAGAAGAUUCAUGUAUGUCCAAAUAAUAUGUCCACAUAAAUGCUUUUUUGUUUUUCAACAGUUUUAACUCCUAACCUUGUUUUUCUGGAUGAUCUGUUGAUUUUUUUUCGAAUAUUUUUAAUGCCUCUUAUACAGCAAAAAAAGAUGUAGGGCCUUUAGGCUAUUUGGGGGUUCUAGUUUUUGAUCCCGUACUUGUUAAAGCUCACUGUUUUUUGAUUUAUUUGAUUCCUUUUCUGCAGGCACAGAGGGCCAGGUCUAUGGGAGCCAUUGUUUACUGCGUAGGAGUGAAAGAAUUCAACCAGACUCAGGUAGGAUCACAAACCACUUAAGGAUGCUGCACAAUGCAUAGUAAAAAUAGCCUCGAUGAUGAUAUUUGAGGUGAACCGUUUGUUCAUGAAGAUGAUUGAUAAUAACUAUUUUGUGCCCUUGACUUUAUUUGUGGCUUCAUUUUUCGUCACAGAUGGGGCUUUGUAAAAUAAUACAAAAAUAAAAAUGUCUUUCUUUGUGUUUCUGUGUUCUCUUGUAGCUUGCAACUAUUGCAGACACUGUGGAGCAUGUGUUUCCUGUAUGGGGAGGCUUCCAGGCCCUCAGGGGAAUCAUUGACUCAGUAUGACACCAACUUACCAAAUGCAUAUAUGUACACUCACUCAUCCACACACUCACAAAGUAAGUGAAAGUUUCUUCUCUUGUCUCACAGAUUAUCAAGAAGUCCUGUAUUGAGAUCCUCGCAGCUGAGCCGUCCAGCGUGUGUGCAGGAGGUAAGAGGUGUGAGGAGCGAGCACUUCCCCUCCUUGUUAAGUCACUGGGCAAUCACGGUGCGCGAUUGUGUCAGAUGACAGUCAUCUAAGGCCUCUGGAGUGGAACAUGAUGUUGAGUAAUCGCAUGGACGCUUAUGACUGCAGAGUGACAGAGAGCGUAUUGUCAUCCACGGCCGGGGGAAAUUAGCAUAGCCGCUUCAGCGCAGCGUGUGUGCGGAAAGGAGGAGGGGGGACGGGUGUUGGUCAGAGGAAUUAGCCGUGAAUCUUUAAGCAUGGCUGCUUCUCUGGCCUAGUUUGCCACAUUGUAUAUGUUAAACAACCAUUUGGGCUGUUUCUCUUCUUCAGUGUCCGGCUUCUCUUCUUCUGGUCAGCAGUUUCAGCAAGUAAGAAAAGAGAAGAGAGAUGAUGAGGGAGAGCUUUUAUGUGCAGCCAGCAGGAUGGAUGAGCUUUGACAUGACCUUAUUAGGACUCACUUAGGAGAGUGCAUUUGCAGCCAUGCUACCAGGGCAACCAAUGUAGAUUAGCGUCCAUUAUGGGAUAUGAAGGAGUAAAAGGGAAAGGAAAUAGUGGGAGGAGAGGAGACCAAUAAAAAGGUUGCCGUGAAAGCACAAAAAUAAGGAAGGAAAAUCAAGAAUCACAUUCACUCCCAUGUGGUAAUUAAAAACCUCUAAUCUGAGUGUGUGUCACACGACAUGUGACCAAAUAUCCUCUAACAGCCUCAUUUAUAAUUCGAUUGAUGAGCAGCCUAAUGGUCAGUGAACUAAGAAACCAAGGACCCACUUAAACCAGGACUUAAAUCUGGCCUAAUUAAUCAAGGGUAAAGAUUACUUCGUCUGAGACAUGACUUGUAGAAAUGACUUUUUACACAUCCGACACUUACGUCUUGAGCUUAUUAACAGCUUUAAAUAGUCUUUUCUUUUAACAACUGGCAAUUUGCCCAACACUCAAAGAUUGUCCUUGCAGUUUAAUAUGAUCUAAAUUUAGUGCUAAGCAAUAGGAGCUUCUUAUCAAAGCUUUUAUUUUGGAAAUCUGAGACUGCCGAGAAGAUAUAACCAUCUGAACUCUUCUCCUCACCCUGAUCCAUUUAAAUAUUCCAGAUCAUGACAUAUUACAUAGGUAAAGUGACAGUCUCACUCCCUGUCUUUCUUUCUGCCGGCAUGCAGACACACUGUUCUGCUUUACUGACGCACACACACACAUUAGGAUGUUCUUUAUUCAGCACACACACACACACAUCAUCCAGCGCAUGUCCACACAUGUCCCUCACGCUGAUGUGAAGUGACCAGACCGGGCUGCCUGCAAACAGGCCAUCAGACUGGACAGUGAACGUUGGGCCACACUAUCUGACAUGACAGCACUGAUUUCCUUCAUACACACACACACACAUAUGCUGAGAGGACGGUGAGAGUUGGGCCUUAGAUUUAACAUGACAGCAGAGAUUGCUGCUUUCAUUAACGCCUGACCCUUUCCUCCCCGAUGUCCCGUCCUGCUGCGCCCCUCCCUGCCCUUCACUGUCCCGUCGCACUAACGUGAUUGAAGAGCCGCUGUUCGGACAAGCCGUACCCCAUUUUCCUCUCACACACACACACACACACACACAUAAUAAACACAGAGACACAGCCGUACAAAUGUAAUCCUUGUCAAGCGUUCAGGUGUAGAUGUAAAUGGACAUGUGGCCACAGAGGCAGGCAGAAAGCGCACAGGCAAAGGCAGCAGCAUAUGCGUUGUUCAUGUCAGUGGGGCACCACCAGUCCCUGACCACCAUGUGUCUGACAGCACUGACCUUUCAGCCCAUCAAGCCUCAGAGUGUGUGUUUGUCAGUGUAUGUGUGUAGGACAUGUUCAGACUGAGACGUUUCACUUCAUUCCAGUAAUUUAGCUCUCAUAAAAAAACAGUCGGAGGAAACUGACACAGUCGAAGUGUUUAACCCUAACUUUUCCUUUGUUUAGAGUCAGGACUAAAAUUGAUGCUGUAACAUAUUAAACUGUGACAUGACGUGAUUACAAACCAGUGCAAUAUUUAAAGGUACAGUGUAUAGUUUAUCGUGGUGUUGAACAAAACAGACAAGAAAUGGACUAAAUAUUCAAAAGUAUGUUCACAUUAGUUUACAAUCCCCUGAAUAUUAAAAUAGUUUUUUAAAAUUUUUGUUCAUUUCUUUGGAUAAGACUUCGAUAUUUACAUCAGAGCAGGUCUCAUUCAUGUUUCUACGGUAGCACAGAACAGACAAAAAGGGAAAUCUUUGGUAAACUGAUGCUCUUUGAUUUAAAUCUGAGUGUGCCAUGACUAAUUCAUUACACAUGUACACAGUCAAACAACAGAAAACAGGAAAGUGGUAUGACCACCAACACAGAUAAGACUCUGAGCAUUAGAAUUAAUGAGCUUUAAGUCCUCUAAUUAGGCUUCACAUUGUAGUAAAACAUUAAAAACCACAUUAACCACCAGUUUAUUUGAAAAUAAAUACAAUAAAAUGAUAUAAUAUUCCACCAGAAAGUUGUAAUUUACUGCCUGAAGCACUGCGGUUGCCUUUUACAGUAAAAUAAGGGCAGAAUUCUUGGGGAAACAAAUAGUGUGGUGACAGCAAAUGAUUGUAAAAAGGCAUGUGGUUGAUCAGAUGUGUGUGUGCAUGUACAGUCUGAAUCUAGUUGAGGGAAAGACAUGAGCAUUACUGACAAGUUGCAAGUCACUGAGGGUCUACAAAUAAGCAUUCAGGCGGUCAAGUAUAUUUGCUGGCAGCUGAGUGCAAACGUUUCUAUCUUCCCAAGUCCGUUGGGUUUUAUUUAAUAACCAUGUCAUAUUUCUAAAAUAUUAAAUGUAGCCUUGAACUUUGAGAGUUUCAUUUUUAUCUGUUUUUCUCAUCACAAUUUUUCAUUCUGGGUCUCUUCCAACUGCAGAUCUGCUCUCAGAGACAUUUUUGCAGCAUCUGUAAAUAUGUAAAUUUGAAGAAAAAUGUGAGCCGAUCUCCUCUCUGCUCAGUCUCCGUUUUUGUAUCUGUCUUCAUUGCUUUUCAUACUAGCUCGUCUGACCUUUAAAGACACACUGUCACAAAUACACCCACACUCGCUGAUGUUUUUAUCCAGUGAUCUUCACGCUGGAGCUUUAAAUGUUAAAGGUGUGGCUGAUGCUCUCUUCCAUCAGCCGGCAUAACGCUAGAGGAAAAUGUGCAUACCGAGAGAAAGUACACACAAGUGCAAACACAAACUGAAGGCUUGCAGAUGCUCGGAAAAACACAAUCACAAUGUGCACCAUGUCAGUCCUCAGAUACACAUCUGCAUACACUCACAGACAUGUGUUAAUGGUGCCAUAGGUAAGGUCAGACCUACUUUGACAGUGCUCUGCUGUUGUCAGCCCUACAGGCAUGUUUUUGAGCAAGUGUUUUUUUUACCCGCUCUCUAACAUAUGCUGGGUAGCAGCCACAUAGACACUCUAGCAUAUGCUGGCAAGCCUCUGUCAGUGCGCUUUAACAGUGCCUGGGGGACACUAAAGGUCAAAGACAUGCACACACGCACACACAAAUGCACACACUCCUCCUGGCUACUGCACAGCACACAUUUGUGAAUAGCAGCACUUUAAGCAUUAGCACCAUUGGAGCUUGUUAUGGCCUUUCCACACAUACACGCACAAGCACACAAAUAUAAACAAGCAGUAAUGAGGCAUGCAUGAGUUUCUGCUGCUUUAGUUGAGCAGAAAGAAUUGCCUUUAACUCUCGCUGUUGCGCUGCACAAGAAAAAGAUGAGUUUUAAUAUUCAAACCCGCACUUUCUUUUUUUUUGUUCUAGAGAGUUUCCAGGUGGUGGUGAGAGGCAAUGGGUUUCUGCAUGCAAGAAACAUCGACCAGGUCCUCUGCAGCUUCAAACUGAACGAUACGCACUCUGUGGGUAAGUUCUGCAGACGCACACGAGUCUGAGUUGUUAUAAAAACACACACCAGAGCAGGAGAUCAUGACUGGCACUCUUGCACGUCCUGCUUUUGGAGAGAAUAUUUCUCUGGAAAGUUCAUGCAAAUCAAAAAUUGUCACUGUAUGCUUCCCAUUACAGCUAAUUGCUGUUAUACAUGAAUGCUUACACUUUGAAGCAUUAUUGGAUUCUGGUUUGGCUCGUGUUUUCUAGAAGAAUGUGGGAACUGUUUUCAGGCUGCAGAUGUUAACGUUUUUACAGCAUGAGGAGUGACUUUGUCUUUCCCUGUGUAGAUGAGAGGCCAGCUGGAAUACAAGACACCUUCCUGCUCUGUCCUGCUCCUGUCAUAGAGGAGGUUGGAAGGUAAGGAAGUUAUUUCUUUUGGCUCUCAGGUCGCCUCUUUUUUAAUCCCCACACUUCUGCAGCUCUCAUGUUCAGCCGUGCCACUUUGAGCUCACAUAUUUAGCAGCUGCACGCAAGUUUGGUGUGGACACAGAAGACUGCUGUCCUUGAACAAAUUAGGGCCAAAGUCAUCGAGUGUCUGUGAUCAAUCAGUGUUUGUCACAGCUAACGAAGCCAGACACCAAUCACAAGGGGACAACAGGAGUAGAGCCCAGGAACACGACUUAAUGACAGCCACGCUGGAGAGGACUCUGCAACCGUGUUUGUGUGUUUUUUCGCCCUGCGUGUGAUUUAUACCAAUCUCAGCCUGACACUUUGAGGGAGUGGAAGUGUGAGUGGAGUCAGCGGGGCAGUGUAAAGUUUCCUCUGCGGGAUUCUAGUUUCGCUGGCGGUGGUUUGUUUCAUGCGGGGCAGACAGAGCGAUGCUGUGGGCUGAGCUCGGAGACGACUGAGGAAGGACCGGCAGCUUUCCCGACCCUGCUGCCUGCAGUCUUGUGCAUAAUUAUACACUCCAGCCCGCGGCCUCAGACACCUCCCAGUCAUCAUCUGUCUUGUUGCUGUCACUCAGAUUUCUAGCAUGAUUUGAGCUUGUCCUGUCCGCCAGUGUAAACUACUGCCUUGAUGGGGGGAAAAAUACACUCUGUUGUCACACAGUGGCAGCAGAAAGAUUUAUUUGUUUGUUGCAUACAUUGUCUGUCACUCGCAUGCAUAAUAACAGGUGUAGCACAUGGAAUUUUAAUUGUAACUCACAGAUGCGACUUAUGGGAUUGACUCAAUGACAGCGAUUCACAGUCCAGAUAUAAUUCCCAGUCUGACAGUCAGCUCUCUUCCUAAACUGUUGCCAGAGAGGCUUUAACCCAGGUCAGGCUGCACCUCCUAAGAGCAGAGCAGAACCUGGAGCAUCAUUACACGAUGAAAUGGCGCCCGAAGCAGGCAUCCUCACAUGCAACAGAAGCCCAUUAAAGCAGAGUCAGCAAUGCCUGACAGCCUGAUGGUACUAAAGAGGAAGUCAGCUGUGAAUGGCUGAAGGGCCCAGGGAGGAGGCCAACAGCUGGCUGAUGAGUUCUGGGAGCUUCGGUGCCAUAACAUGCCGAUAAAUGUUUAAAUAUGUCAGACAGUGAGGUUGUUGCUGAGUGUGUCAGCGGUAUAAAACUUUUGUCCGUCAUGUUUAGUCUUGUCGAAUAAAGCGUUCUCAGCUAAAUCCUCUAUUUUACAGCGAGGAUUAACAAACUUGGUAUUCCCCAUCUGUACUUGUAUUUGUUCAAACUCGUUGAUCUAUUUAAAGUAAAAAAAAAUCCACUCACAGGUGCGAUGUUGAUACUGUUCGUUCCAUUUGAAAGAAGAAGAAAAAAGAAAAAACUACUAUUUUCAAAAGCGGACAUUUUCUCAAGAAACAUGAACACAGACUAAAACAGGUGCAAGUUUGGCUGUAGUCCUCAAAGCAGGCAGCUCAGGUUGAAACACAACUCUUUGCAUUUCACUUAAUAUUCCAGACUGAUCUAUUCGCAGGACGCUUAGGCCAAGAGUUGCCAUUUUUAAGGUCAAGAGCUCCACAAAAAUCCCAUUUUCACAACAUCCGCCUGAAGCAUUGAGUGACCAGUAAAUACACAUCAAAAUACCAACAAAGAUUAGUCAUGGCCAAAGAAAAUUAAAAGCAAAUGUGCUGAGACAAAUCCAAAAGUCCAGAAGUGAACAGAUGUGGAGAGAAGUCUUUAAAAAUGUCUUCUCAGCACUUAACUUCAUUCUGCUAAAAUAUACGAGAAACUAAAACAGAGAGUGAUUACAAUAAAUACGACUGUGGACUAAAACGAGUUAAAACAGAUAAUUAAGAGGGAACUCAAAAUGAUUAAGGAGUCAAAGUAGUGCAGUGAAUACAAUAAUAUGUAAGUUAUAAGAAAAUAAAUCAUAAAAAGUUGAACAAGAAAAAUAGACACACAUUAAAAUUUGAAGUUGUAAUAUAUCAAAGCCUUUUUACACGUCAAAUCUCGUUUUAGGGGAACUGAUUCUAUAGUCUAUAUAUGUGGUUUAUGGGGACUUCAGCUCCCAGCGUCACCUCUUCACCCGGGACCCCUCAGACCCUCACUCACCUCCUGCUCCGCCCGGGUCUUAUCACAAAUAAUGAAGUCAUUGACGCUUCCAUCAAGCAAAUAUGUGUUGACUGGGAACCUUCCGGAUGCAGCAGUUCCCCCUCCUGCACACACACACACACACACAAACACACACACACACACACACACACACAGGGCAAAGACACAUAUAGUGGGCAGAUUGAUGAUUGAUAGGGGCUGAGAUCUCUCUGUCAUAGGGGAGCUGAUAGCAUCAUGUCCCCCUCAGAGGAUGACUGAACAUAUGAUGAGGAGUUGGGGGGGAGGGUGUGUGGGGGGUGGGAGGGAAAAAAGGGAGGGAAGAAGAGGGAAAAAUGAGUGGCACCUGCAUCGCCAAUUUCCUCCUCUGCAGACAGUGUCAGCAUGAGUUAUGAGACGAGCUACAGUGGCAGGGAGGAGGACAAAAACAGAGUCGGUCAUUGAGGAAACGGUGAAGAGGGGUCUCAGAGCGCUGAAGGGAUGUUAAACAGGAAAAGCCCUUCUCCUACCAUCCCCCCCGUCCCUGUUUUCCUCUCCCUUUCUCCACCCUGCAGUGACCUCCUCCUUGUCUCCCCCUUCUUGAAUGUAAAUCUCAAUGCCCCCUUGUGUCUUUCAAUACCCCCCGAACCAUAAGAACAGCACAAGAAGUCCUUCUCUGUUCCUUUCUAAAUCUUAAACAACAAUCCAGCUGUCCGUGCUUCCACCCUCUGUCUCCUAUUUAGCUAACUGGUCUUGUUUCCUUCACAUUGUUAAACAACCGUCUACUAAAUAUUCCUCUGUAUGUCACUUCCUCAAUCCUGUGAAGCCUUUUCCUCCACAAAGCGCAGCCAUCCUGUCAUCUUUAAAACCCAAAACGGAUCGUUUUCUCGUCUCUCUUGCUUCGCCCUGCAGAUAUCAGCUCGAGUAGAGGAGAAUAAGAAGUCAUUUAGCUGUCUGUGGUUUCCACAUUAGAGGUCUGGGUCUGAUCCAAACAGAAGAGAUUCCUUCACUGGGUGGAGAACUCGCUGACCUCUUUACAUGCUUUUUGUCCAUGUCAGCAUGUUUGUGUAUUUAUAAAGCAGCAAGUAUGGACAAAGAAGUUUGAGGAAUGUUUUAACACCUCGGGCAUGCUUCUGCAGUAGCCGAAACAUGACCGUGAUGUGUGCAUAUGAGCAGAUGUGCACGACAAUGUGUGUGUGUGUGUGUGUGUGUGUGUGUGUGUGUGUGUGUGUGUGUGUGUGUGUGUGUGUGUGUGUGUGUGUGUUGUGCCUGUGAAAAAGCGGAGAGAUCACAGGAGUUUAAAUGUGAUGUUUUCUUAGCUAAAUCUGAAGCUCAUUAUUUUAAAAAAAUGCAUUUUUCAGCUCAUGCACACGAAAGAAAGUAGAAACUCUAUUUCAGUAACAAUAAGAGGCAAUGCAAAAAUAAACACAGAAUAAAACAAUUUACACAGAAUUUAGCAGAAACAUAAACUCCAGUAGAUGAGACCACAGAUCUCUGUAAGAAGCAUUAAUCAUACUGGACAGAUAACAAACUUUAUUACAACUUUUAUACAAGAGUUUGGCAUCAACCAAAAAUGCAGUCAGCUACAGAGUUUUCUUUGGGCCCUGCUAGCUUAUUAUCAUUUUAUGCCAAUCACAGACGGUAUAGAAAAAUUGAUGCUGUAAGUGUUCACUGAAUGUGAAGCCAAGAGAUUUAGAGCUCCCCCUACUGGUUGGCUGUAUUAUAGGUCAUAGGCCCGUCUUCUUUGUCUUAAUAGAUGGAGAGACAAUAUAAUUGAAAUGAAGGAAUAAUUGAAUGAAUAGUUUUCACAGCGCAAUUAUCUUGGCCAUAAAAUAUCUCAUGAUAACCAUAUUAUCGUAAUAUUUCUGGAAAACGUGAAAGUAAAACAAAUUGAGGAAUGAUAACACGACUUCCUAAACCUGACUAAUAAACGCACUAAACUCACAUAUCAUCACACAUGUCUAAUAAUAUUUACAUUUAUAUUUCAUAAUCAGGCAUUUCACCAAAAAUUCACUACCUCAAUGAACAGUUUUUUGUUGUGCUUUUAUUUCAAUAUUUCCAUCUUGGAUUUUUGUUGCUUUACUUCCUGCACUGUCAAGCUAUGCUUUUAUUUUGAAGUUUCCUACUUUUGAUUCGGUUGAAAAGAUCGGUUAGAAAGUAGAAAUGUUCAGUUGGUCAGUAACUCAAAGAGGCGCAAACUCUAUCAUCUUUUUGGAUUCAAAAUAAAAUCUUAACAUCAGUUUUAAAAGUGUCUCAUCAUCUACUAGCAGUCUGUGAUUUCUUCACCAUGUCUGCUUUAAACCUGAAACACAUUUGUACGAGAUAACCGGAGCAGUUACGGGUUUAUGUUUUGCAGGGUGAUCUACCUGCAGGUGAGCAUGAAUGAAGGCCUCUCCUACAUCACCAGCUCGGUUCACAUCACUACGACUGAAUGUGUGAGUAAAUCCUGAGUGUGACCCGCUGUUAUUUUUCUUCCUGCUCUUCAUCUGAACAAACUCUCUUCCACUUUUUUCUCUUCUUUCCGUUCUCCAGUCCUCUUCUUCUUCUUCUCUUCCUCUCUGAUGUCUCCUCUGUUGUGUCUGUCAUCAGAGGAGGCUGUGAGUACUUUCACUUUUUUGUUUUUACCUUUUUCUCAUCACCUGUCUUUUAAAUUCAGUUUAAUCCUAAUCCCAUAAUUCUGUGUUUGUGUGCAGUUUGAUGGCACCAUCGUGCUCAUAUCGCUGCUGGUGGUGUUCCUGCUGUUGGCUCUGCUGCUGAUGUGGUGGUUCUGGCCUCUCUGCUGCACUGUGGUAAGGCUGAUUUUCAUACACCAGGAUUUUCACUUGUUUUUUAAUUUUUUGUUUUAUCAAAUUUCUUUCUUUUCAAUCUCCAGGUGAUUAAAGAACCUCCUCCACCUCCUCCUCCAGAACCAGUAAGACAUUUUGGUUAAACGAUAAUAUUAACAGGUUUGAGCUGUCUUUCUGUAACUGAUUUGUCAUCUCCAAGGAAUCUGAUGAUGAAGAUGGGAUGCCAAAGAAGAGGUGGCCCACAGUGGAUGCAUCUUAUUAUGGAGGAAGAGGAGUGGGCGGCAUCAAACGCAUGGAGGUAUGUGCACCAAUCUUCAAAUGCAGAGGCCACCUUAUGAGACAAGUACAUCAUUUAAGCCUCAGAUCAUUAGUUGGGGCUCGUCAGAUCAGGUUUCUGGAGCUCGUCAUUAGUCAUAUCCGUGAAAUAACUUCUUAAAGCCCAUGUCUUUGAUCAGGUCUUUGAUCAUCUUAUCAUCUAAAAGUUCAUCCUGUUGCUGUUACUUCAUGUUAAUCAAACUUUGACUUUGUUUUGACCUGUUGUCAGUAUUUCUCUUGUUGUGUCACCGCCUACCUUGUUUGUUUGUCCUCACAAAUUGCACAAUUAUUAUAAUUGUGUGCACAAAUAAUAUAAUGAUAACAGUAUUAUUAUUAUUUCGUAGGUGCGAUGGGGGGAGAAAGGGUCCACUGAGGAGGGCGCCAAGCUGGACAAACCUAAAAAUGCCGUUGUAAAGAUGCCAGAGCAGGAAUUUGAACCGUAUGAGCCCAAGCCACGAAAACCACCCCGCCGGCCUCCACAGCAGAGGCGGUGGUACACGCCCAUCAAGGUAUGUCUUUCAUCUUAAAAAAAAGGAAAUUGUAUUUUUAAAGUAAUGCUUUUAUUAAUUUUCUCAACUUUAAAAAAACGACUUUAAAUUCCUUGUUUUCUGUCUGGAUCCUCCAGGGGAAGCUUGACGCUCUGUGGGCUCUGUUCAGGAGAGGAUAUGACCAAGUGUCCCUGAUGAGACCCCAGCCUGGAGAUGAGGUGAGUCUAACACUCAGCUGCUGUCACAACUUAAAAUUCGAGACAGCAUAAUAGAAGCAGACGAAGCCUCAGUGAUGUUUUUAAUUUGUCUGUAAAUCUGCGGAAACCUUGAGAUGUAGACCGCUGUGUAUUGCUAUCCUGCGGUCGUUACUAAAGUUGGUAUAACUUGAGAAGCAAGCGGUCGGCAACAUUCAUCUCAUUGAGGUUUGACCAUGACUUAAUUUUAUGUUGGAAUAUCCCUUUAAUGUCACAAGCAUAAAAUAUACACUGUGUAUAUACUUUUCUGACUUCUCUUUUUACGCACAAAUUAUUGUGUGAAAAAAAAUACUUGAUGAAAGAAAUCACUCGCUUAGCUCCUUAUUUAAGCUUAGAUUGAGCUUUAACCAGGGAAAAACUGUCAUUGAAGCUGCAGGUUUAGUAUUUUAAUCAUCAAAAACAUUAGGUGACUUGGAUAUUUCAUCUUUUGCAGCCACCCCCGCCCACUCUCACUGCUCGGCUCCUGCCUGUGUGUAAAUUAAGCAACAUGUCUAAACCCCUGAUAGCUGGAAAUAUUCCCUGAUGUAAAAAACGUACUCUAAAUGGAGUCAGGAUGCAUCGAUUAAAUGAAAUCAGGUUAGAGGAGAUUAGAUUUUGUACAAUUGCUCCGGAUUUUUUGGGUACGUUUCCAAACUUUUGACAAUGGAAAGACCCCGUGGAGUUAUUACACUGUACAUCUUCAUCAUGUUUGCAGUCAAUGCCCAAUGCAUGCAUUAAUAUCUGAUUUACCACAGCCAGGCAUUAGGCUAUAUAUAACACAGAACUAUACUUAAGUAAUGAACUAUAAUAAUGUAUGCUCUGUGGGUCUUUAUAGCUCGGGUUUGUCACAGAACCUUUCAGUGUAGCUUCUAUCUCUGUCUGUGGACAGCUGAGCAUCUGCGUUUUGUCUUUGUGUCUGUCACAUUAAAUAAAGACAACACGUGUCAGUGAGCUUCAUGUACAGCAGCUCAGUACUGACUUUGUGCACGCACACAGACACACAGACACACAGGGCGAGUCAAUGAGCCACUGAUACAUCUCUCAGAGUCAAAGCAGCUUUUGUUCGUGCAGUAGUACUGUACUCCUCUGUACUCUCCUUUGAGAAAUCUCUGCGACUCCCAGAAACGACUCAGUUUCUAUCAAGCUUCCAAAUCACACGUUACACACUCGCUGCAUCCUCACAAGUAUGAAUUAUAAAAGAAAAAAACAGCCACUGUGUCACAUUGAGGUUUAUUUGGUUUCCUUCUCGUGAAAUCCUGCUGCAAAUUUUAUUAUGUCAUAUAACCGAAAACCGGUGCUUCUGCUGCUCCUCCUAAAUUUACACGAUAGCGUCACAGAGCGUCUCUCUUAUCUAACCUUGACCCCGUGUGUGUGUGUGUGUGUGUGUGUGUGUGUGUGUGUGUGUGUGGCGUCCCAUAACCUCACAGUCAUGUUUUCAUCAUCACAGCGGUUGUCAUGGUGAAACAUCUGCUCCGUUGUAAAUGGAUUCAUUGUCACCUCUUGUAGCUGAGGCCAUAUCGCUGUAAAAUUUAUUGAUUUGUUCCUUGAAUGGCAUGAUUCAUCUUUAGGAUGUAACAGUGUGAGCGUGUGUCUCUCUACUGUAUCUGCUCUCUGUAAAUCGGGUGUCUCCUCCGGGGUUUAUCCUCUCUUUCCAUCUUGAACUUUUUUUUUCCAGAGCAGUAUAAUUCAUCCCUGUCGGGUCACGAGUUUCUGGGGUCUUUGUCAGACACUUUUUUUGUGGAGCUCUGGGUCACGCAGCCCCUCAACAAUGACCCCUACAACUCUCUUCACGAGCCAUUAACUCUGGAAAAUACAACGCCACCUCUCACAAUGAAAGAAAUGAAGGGGAAAAAAAUCCACUUUCAUCACAAGGGAGACUGCCGCUCGAAAUGUGUGGUUAUGGUCAUAUCAGACAUGAAAGACGACAACGAUUUCUCUUGUUGCUGAAAUGGAGGUUCAGAUCUGAGAGAGUCUGGAGUCACGAUUCACUACAGAAGUGGGAUUUUGUCGUGAUUCGUGAUGUUGUAUUAGUAAGAGAGGGGAGACACUCAGAUCACAAGAGCGAAGUAUCUCCCAAUUUUUUAAUAACUGUCAAUUUAAUCAUGUUAUUUCACACAAACAAGACAAAUACUCCAAAUGUAAGAGACCUUCAUUGGCUGUAAUGUAAAAAAAAGAAGCAUUUACUCUUGGAAAAGCUACUAAUUCACGUCAGAUUACCCAAAACAAUGAAUUAUGAGCUUUUGGAGAAUAUUCAAACAUUGGUUGGUAUAGAAAUACACCACAAGUGACCAAAUUAAGCACAAAUACCCUACAGAGUAAAAGAGCAAGAAUUCAAUUCAGCUCAAAUUCCAAUAACUGUAUUUAUUCUUACUGGGGAAUUUUUUAUGAAGCAGAUUGAACACGACAAACAAACAAAACGGAUGCUGACAAAAAUGAAUUAUACAAAACAGUUAAAAUAUAUAUAUAUAUAGUUUAAAAUGAACAUUGGAAAAUAUAUUUGAAUUUAACUGUAAUACAUAAUGAAACCAUACAGUAUGUCAGCUUACACUGCUCUCAUUAGCAGGAAAACACAAACAAUAGAGCAUGAAGAUAGUAAAAAUAUUCAACAGCAACAUCACCCUACAGAGCUAAAUAAAAUAGAAAUAAAGAUGAAGUAUCUCAGAAUAACUGGAGAAGUAAAUAAGCAGGUUUAUAAACCACACAUCAAACUUCAGGUUCAGAUUGUUUACCAGCAGCUCAGAGGGAGUCCAUCCUGCUUUCUCCUCACAUUACUCCUCCUUCAAUGCUUCUGCAAACGGCCAUCAGCAGCCGGCCACUUUCUGCCACACUCCCCUGCGUGUGCUUGAUCCCUCUCUGCGGCGUGCACGUGCGUGUGCACGUGAGCGUGUCACUGUAACGUAUGUCUCAGCUCUCCAGAGUGAGCGUCACACAAACAGAUGGGGAGUUGAAAGGCCACGAGCCAUAUUGUGACAGAAGAGAUUCCCCUCUUUUGUCCCCAGAGCUGAUGGCACUGUUGGGACCGUCACACGGCGCAGAGUGGACCAGAGGGCGGCCACCGUCCCUCCUCGGUCUGCACCUCCCUGUCCUCACCCUCUUUCUUUUUUUUGUCUUUACUUGAAGGAUUUGAUCACCCAAAUUACAAACACACACACGUAUUCUCACUCAUGUCUUGUGCUAACGAGUCAGGUUGUAAAGUAAGGGUGAGGGAUAUCUGGAAUUUCAAGUCUCUAAAUUUACACAUCUGCCACAGAGCAGAAAAACAGCAUUUUCCCCCUGUAUUCCUCUAUAUUUUAAUAGUGGUAAAAUUUCAAUAAAGAGCUUAAUGUUAGCUAAAGGUAGAGCCAAUGUCAGAAAUAAUCUUUAGCCUUUCCAAGUGGAGGUACAGUGUUUAGAAACGGGAAUAUUUAACAGUCAGAUCUAGAUUAAAAAUGCUCCAUCCUGUGUUAGUGAAGCAAUAUUGGCCUUUAAGGACGUAUUAGGAGAAGUAUUGUCCUCCAUCUAAUCAUUUAUUAUUACUAAUUAAAUUUGCUCACCACUCUCUUUUACUUUGUCUUUGUCUUAAAACUAGUGCAUAAACACAGAUGGCCUUAGCUAGUUUGUCCAUUCAGUGCUCCUGUAGAAACAUGGCAGCCUCCGAGAAAGGGAACCGGUUUAUUUGAAUAUAUCUGCUCUUUCUAAAAUAACUAAAAACAAACUUUUUGUAUCUUCAGGGGAUGAUACAAAACUUUAAAAAACCUAAUGAGUAUUAUAUUCCAUUUCAGAGGUAAGAUGGUGGUUCACAGUUGUCCUGUGGCUGUGACUGAACAGUGUAUUUGUGCAUGUCUGAGAGUGUGUUCAUCUCUUAUCCUUCCACGUUGUUUUAAUGUAAUGUGAAAAUCACACAGCAGGGCACCAGUGUUGCACUGUUGCAUGGUCACUAUAAAGGUACAAAGACCCGAUAUCAGCAGAGCUAAUUCAGAGUUAAUUCAGAAUCAUAAAAAACUUCUGUUAUCUAUCUGACUAAAUAAUACAAAUAUUAAAUGUAAAACUUUGAUAUUUGACUCCUGCUAUUUCUAGCCUGAGUUAUUUAAAGGUGUCCCACAUUCCCCAGCAGCACAUCAGGUCAAUGAAUGAGUGUUAACUCUUGUGAGUGCACACGGAGCAGCUUCCUCCUGGGAGUGAAUCGCUGUAAAGUCAUGUGAGGUGACAGGCCGAGCUGUCGGGUCUAAUGUGCGUCUCUGUUCACUCAUCCUCCUCCUGGUUUCUUUACUAUAACUGUGACAAAUGUGUGAGGUGUUUGUCGAUGGUCACAAAAGUAUCUGCUCUGAGUGUGUGUGUGUGUUUUUGUAACAAAAGGGCUCAGAGGAAAAAAAAGAAACAGAGACCCUGCAGCAGAGGGGUGUAAAGAGGGGAUGCCGGAGGUGUUGUAAGGGGUUUUGUUUGUCUGAAUAAGGAGUGAGGUUAUGAGUAAACAACCACCAUGAGGGAAGAAAAGCAGUGACAAACAUCAGAGCCGGAGGGAAACACCCAGAGGGUGAACACUACAAGUGUGACAAAGCUGAGCCCUCUUACCACUCAUGCAUCAAUAUUCAGAGAUGACCUGUGUAAAGAAAAAGUUUGGUGGAAGUUGGAUUAGAAAUUUUGAAAUUGGAUUAAAGUGCAUGAAAGCAGAGCUCAGAAUGUGAUGUUGUAGCCGAAGGGUUAAAGGGAUAGUCUGGCGUAGAAUAAGGUUAGGGUCAAACACACCGUAACACAGAGUUAGACACCCCGCCAAGAGGUGAAUGUUAGCGACCGCUUGCUUCUCUAGUUAUACCAACUUUAGUAACGACCGCAGGAUAGCAAUACAGAGAGCCACAUGCUCAACCAAAACACCACUCUAUAGCCACAAAUAAUGCCCAGAACAGCACCUAACUUCAUCAACAGGACAUAUAGGGUCCCAGCCAUAGUACUAGCCACCAAACAUCUUUUUAACUUUGACUUAUUUCUUUGGCAAAGAGACUAAACACAACUCACCUACUCUCUUCCAGCAGCCGCUUGUUUGUAGCGAGACCUCCAGGCGAGUACAUCAACUGCAGCGGGGUGACACAGCUCAAGGAAGAACAUUUAUGAUCAUUUCUUCAUGGAAAUACAAUCAGACCGAGACGCUAAGACAGAAGAACUACCAGGUCUGCAGUGCGAAAUAAUUAAAAUGAUGAUUAUUACUUAAAGGAAAUGAUAAAGAAAUGAUCAUAAAUGUUCUUUCUUGAGCUGCGACACCCCGCUGUAGUCCGUAAUGGACUUGCCCGGAGGUCUCCGUACAAAGUUAUGAGUGUGUUCUGAGCAUUAUUUGUGAAUAUCCAGGAAUAUUCCAUUCAGUAAAGGUGCAGCUAAAAAAAAAAGUUGUUUUUUUUUCCAAUAAUUCAAUUCAAAAAAUGAAACCUCCCUUUAUUCUGGAUUCAUCACUCUCAAAGUGAAAUAUUUCAUGACUUUUCCAGACAAACAACACUUUGAAAACUGCUCCGUUCCUCUUCCUGAAACUGUUAUUCUCCAGGAUUCUUCUUCUUCUUCUUCUUCUUCUCCUCCUCCUCCUCUCAACAGUCACCUUAUGUUUUUUAGUGCUCUCCUGCAGCCGGCCCCCUAACCCUUCCUCUCCCUCUGUUUUUCUUAUUCAUGAGCUCCAGGUUUCAUUCAGGCCAUAUGUUCUGGUGGAGGCAUGCUUACAGUCACACACACUCACAAACACACACAUAUUCAUGAGCUUGUGUUCUCAUUGUGUCCAUAUGCUGUCUCUGGUGUUGUGCUGCUGCUCUGCUGCUCACAGACUGGCCCUUUCACCGCGGCCUGGACACAAGACCCCGGCAGUCACCCUCCUCCUUCCUCCCUACCAGGGUGCCCCCAAUCAAUUACCCACCCCUCAUACACACACACACACACACACACACACACACACAGACACACACACACACACACACAGACACACAAAGGGCCCCCUCAGUCACAAAGCUACCCUCUUAUUGGCCCCUGUGUGACUUUAGGGCCUCUCUGUUUAAUAAGGUGUUAUAAUCAGACCACCAAGGGUCUGUGACACAGAGACCUACACACCAUCCUUCACACACACACCGACUGAGCAUGACAAGAGUGUGAGUGUGUGGAGGGAUGCUAUGCAGGGAACAGAGAGAAACAACAUCAAUGAGAACAAUAAGAGAAGCGUCCCAUUGGAGCAGACUUGUAAAUUAUGUUAAAUGCUGAGGGGGGCCUCUGUUAACGAUUGUGGGGUUAAAGAAGACCCUCCUUUACAUUCCAACAAGUCGAGCACAUACGAGACAUAAACCACUUUCUGUUCUGCAUCAAGAGAGACGCACCAGAGGCUCCGAAGGGGAAAUGAGGCAAAGCUUUAGACUGCAGAAGCGAAUGUGUGUGUGUCGUCUUCAUCACAGCUAUUGUAGUGCAGGUGUGGACAGAGGACAGAGGCGUCUCUGUGCGUCCUCAAACACACGAGCCUCUAUCUGCAGCGCUGUGUAGCGCUGCUGUAACGUUUUGUUUCUGUCCCGCAGGGUCGCUGUAUUAGUUUCCAGCGGGUCAAACAGGCAGAGUCCACCCCGAACAACCACCGUACUCCCCCUCCUGUACAUCACUCCCCCUCACCGCCACCGCCGCCUCCUCCUCCACAUGCCGAACAGCAACCUCUGGUCUCCAAUUCUGUCCCCCGUACAAAGCCGCCGUCAAGAGGGCCCCGCACUACACCACCGGCCCGCACACCCCCUCCUGUCAUGCAGCUCCCUCCUGGCCCACCUCCUUCCCGUGCACCACCAGGACCGCCACCGUCUCGGCCCCCGCCCAGGCUCUGAUGAUGAAGAGAACACCUGAACGUCAUCUUGCUCCAUGAAAAUAUGUCUUCUUGUCAGACAGCAGAGAGACAUCAAACCUUUUAAAGGCAGGAGCUCCAACCUGAAGCUCUGUGCUUUGUUGCUGGACAGCAAAAGUAUUUAUCUGAUCUUUAAAUCAACGUUAUCAGAACAAAAUAAAAACAGCAUGUAGUUACCUGUUGAAACCUGUAUGUACAGUUAGAUAUUAGUCAGAGGUAAGAGGAAGUGCAAACCUUUCAGGGAGUUUAACCAAAAAAGGAUUAAUGUGUUGUUGAGAGGUCGAUUGUGACAGACUGUGUUUGAAUGAUGAUUGUUCAAAGUCGUGUUUACUUUGGUUUUGGUGGAGAAUAAUUAUGUGGAGGGAGGAUGUGGUGAGAAAUACCGCUGUAAGUGAAAGAUGACAGGAAUGUUAAUUAUGUUCGAGCUGGAUUUUAAUAUCUUAGGUUUCCACAAAUCACACUGAUUCACCUUUUUUCACCAAAGAAACUUUUCUACACUCCAGUUAAAGUUUAGCGUUUAAGUACAGCAAUCUUUUGUAACUGCAGGGCAGUUUCUUCGUACUUUAUUUAUUUUAAUACAACUCCUUUUCCUGCAUCUGUUUCCUAUUUAGCAUCAGGUUGGUUUCUUAAUCUUUGCAGUGGAUAUGAGGGAGCUUUCUGGCAUGUCUGAUCUGAUGUAUUUGAGGUCCUUUGACCGCCUGGUGGAGGCUUUUUAGCGGGGGUUUGUAUUUUCAGGGCUCGUCUGUAUUCUAUAUUUACUGACUGAAAUGAUCAUUUGCAUUAUUUCUUUAUUAACAACCUUUUGUGUCUUUUUUCAAUAAACAAAAUGGGGUUUUUUAUUCGCUGUCUUGCUGUGAUUUCUUUCUUCUGAUUAAAGUACGGUGUUAUAUUUCAUGAUUUUGCACAGUCAUAUUAUGAAUUAGCUUUGAAAUAUAUUGGGGCCAGUGUUACUGAGACAUAACGACAUAUUUAUUAAGUGGACAUGCUGCAACACUCAGUGAUAUGUUUCAUUUAAGUCAUUAAACUAAUUAAACCCCGCGCUGCUGACAGUAUGCAUGAAAUUUAUCGUGAUAACCUGCAAAGUUAAAGCUAAAUUCAAACAUUUUUAACUGCUUUCAUUUUUAUUAAAGUCACAUUUCUGGACUUCCUCACCGCCCUGUUAUAAAUCUUUCUGCCAUUUAUUCCCAAUUGAAGCAGCUUGUAAAGACGUCAAGCUGUAAACUUUCUCUCUACAGUCCAGAAGAUGUUUCAGAUUUUUAUUACAGGAUGGAAAAAAAGGAAGCAGAAUAAAAGCUAUCUGCAAUCAGGUGAGGGGGUUCAGCUUGAUUCUAAAGUUACAUUAUAUAAUCUGAGCCUCAUUUCUGAUGAUAUAUGGUCUGAGAAUGUCCUGAAUCAGUCUGAGAUUUCUGCAGCCCUCCUCUAAAAACGCUGACAUAUACACUGAGCUCAUUCACAUAAGAGUACGAUUAGGAGGUCAUUCUGCCGCUACGUGACUCAUUUUGCUGCAGCCCAUCUGUGGAAAUGAAUCACACGAGGGUAAUGGUAUGUUAACUCAUCCUGCACAACAACCUACAGCUCCCCUCCGAGUGUCUUUAAGAUGAUGCAUUCACUGUCACUAGGAGAAAAAAAAACACACUGCAGGCUGGAGGUGAUCUCUGUUUUCUUUUGUGGAAAAACUGCAUUUACUCAAUAUUGUUUCAUUCUGUUCAGAGCAAAAGCAGCUUUAUAUUUGUUUCACAGUCAUCUUGAAGGCAUUCACAGAGGUCUACAGCGCCCCAAAGUGACCAAACUAACAACAAAAGCAGAGGUUGCUCUUUCCAAAUCAGUGUUAUUGUCUGCUCCACAGUCGUCACUCAUAAAUACAUGUUCUAGUUGAUCAAAAUGGGACACAUUCACACACUCAUGAAAGCUGCAGGACAUCAGUCUAAAAUCUCUGCAGCUCAGAACGAUGAAAACAAACCUGUGUGUCACCUUCAAUGACACACACACACGUACACAUCUAAAGUGUAAAUCCAUAAUCUUUGUAUGUUUAUGAACACACAGCACAUUUUAAGUCCAUUGAUUAAUUCGAGGGUGCUCCUCAGGCUUUCCUCUUCUUAUGCAUUUUCUUUCCAGACAGCGCCCCCUUCUGGGCUCCCCUCACCAUGCCCUUAAACUGGCCCUGGAGUUUGGCCCGUUUCCUGCAGACACGCACAGAAUAAAACAUUUCAGUCUUUGACGCUGCUGUUAAAAUUAACUCUGAAUAAGUUGCGAUGAUAAAAAGUUUGUUGCUCAUACCUGCGGUUGAGCUGGGCCUUCUUCAGAGGGAUGUAAGCGUAAGGAUCGAGUUUUCCUUUCUUCUUCACAUCUCCUUUUCCUUUCUGAGAGCAGGAAGAUGAAAAUAAAGAAACUCAGUGUUCAAGUUCACAAACAAACACCUCUGUCGUGUUUAUUUCUGCAUGCUGUGUGACUCACCUUUGACUGGUAAUCAGCACCGACUUCUGGUCGUCCUCCCAGCGCUCUGUGGAUACCCGAGCCUCCAGCUGAAAUUGUGUAUAUUGUAUAUAGUUUUAUUUUAUUUUAUCUUAUUUUAUUUUAAUUUCUUCUCCAUUUUUCCUUUUUCUAUUUUUUUUCUUAAUUAUAACAUUUAUUUAGUUUCUUAAUAUUACGAUCUUUAUUUUUAUAACCGCAUUUUUGCACUACCUUUGUCUGUGACGCUGCUGUGGCAAAAAGAUUUCCCCCAUGGGGGAUCAAUAAAGGAAUAUUCUAUUCUAUUAAUGCAACAAAGACUCAUGUUUAAAGGAGGUUAAAGAUGUGUUAUUAUCGCCCUAAAACGAGUCCUACCUUUAUAUUUGAGCUGAGGUUCGACAUCCAUGUCCUCGUCAAAGUUGUCGUCUCUGAACUUCCUUUUCUGCGUCUUUCUCUGAAGGUGAAAAAAGUUAAAAUGAUAAAUGAUCUGAUCAAUGAUAAAAGCUUCAUGGCCGUAUCUUUAAGUACUCACACUCUUGACUCCAGCUUCUUCUAGGAUAUCUUUCAUCUCGCCCUCAUCUGUUGGAGGAACAAACAGGUUAAAGUCCCCGCGUAUUCAAACAUAAAGCGAUUUACUUCAACAUGAUGAGUUUCCUCUCACCUUUCUCAUUACCGUCCUCCUCCUCAUCCUCUCUGAUGAUCAGCCGUCCGUCUGAUGUUACUUUGAAGCCAUGCUCCACCUUAGAGCUCUUCUUCAGCUCUGGGUUGGUGGCUGAGGAGGACAAAAACCACGAAGGAGAUAAGCCACAGCGCAUAAAACCGGCUUCUUCAGAACAAGUUCUUGUGCAGACUCAGGAACUAACCUAACACUCUCUGGGAAACUUUGGAAUCCAGGAAGUUAAGUGGAUCAUCUUCCUCUCCUUCUUUGAGCCACGCUCGUCCUUUCUGCUGUUUGCCGGGUUUCUUCUGAGCCUUUCCAGCCUUCCCUUCGUCUUCUGAUAAUUCACUGUCUGACUCUGCGAGGAUCUCCUCAAUACUGCAGAGGAGAGGAGGAAACAGGGAGUUUUUAAGGUUUUAUUAAGUAUAAGAAUGAGGAGGGAGCAGAGUUUGAGUCAGGAACAGAAAUCUACCUUUUGCUACUCGCUUUAGGAGUCUCCUCUUCGCUCUCCGAGUCCUCGUGCUUCUCUGCCGCCUGUUUCCGUCUCUUUGUACGAGCUUCGGCUUUGCGGAUGUUUGCGAGCACUUUGUGAUGCUCUGCGGGAAGCAUGCUCUUCACCAGCUCAAAACUGGAAAAGGGAGAACAAAAACAAACACGUACACGAUAAAAUAACCCACAUUAAAAAAAAUUUCACUCUUUAUCAUAUAAAAUAAACACAGAUUCUGAUUACGACACUUUGAUGACCAAUAAGACGGAAUAAAAAAUGAGUUACUAAAAAACAAAGAGAGGGGAAUGCAGGCCAAAUAAAGAAAUAGUACAGAUGAAAAUUAAAAAUCUUAUUUUUAAACCUUAAUUUCACUUUUCAAAUACAGUGUCAGCUGUGUUCAUGUGCACAGAAUUGUGUUUCCAUCUUUGAACAAAACAUCCUUUUGUUAAUGUCCGCCUGUGAUCUGUACAUCAAUAUGAUCAUUUCUCAAAUAUUCUGUAUUUCAACGACACUGGUUUGGUAACUGGUCGCCAACAAAUAUCAUUUAAAUAAAUUAAAUAAGCAGAACCCAAAACAACCAAUGGAACUUAAAAUUCUGGUUGUGAUGAAUUUCUAUGAUUUAUUCAGUCGAGCAGUUUUAAGGAAAACUUGACUGGAAAACUGAGGGGGUCACCCAAAAAUUUCAGUGAAAGUGUCCCUGUAACCAUAGCAACUCACUUGCACCUGGCUGAGUGCUAAAGAGGGACAGAGAGAGAGAGAGAGAAGCUGAUCUGCUGAUGGUCAAUCUGAGCAGCAGACACCCAAUAACAUCUUUUUCACUGUAUGAUAAUAACAAAAUUAAAGAGUUUUAUCGAACCAAACGUGUAAAUUUGGAAACAUCUACAGAGAUCUGGACCUCAGCGAGAUCAAAACCAGAGACAGACUGCUUUAUGAAGACACACAGAGACAACAUGUUGGUCCAGAAUUUACAGGCAGAUAAGACAGAAGCUUAAAGAAAGAAAAUUAAUUCUUACCCAAACUUCCUGAUGAACUUUGUGAAAAUAUUCUUCAGUUUGGUUCUGAAGUGUCUCCUCACGUCAUCCUUGAUGUUUCCGACUCCCUCCAUCUGAACACAAACACACAGACAGAGUUUAAACUUCACAAAACAAAGAAGAAAACCAUCUCCUGCAGCAGACAGAAGCGUCUUCAUUCACCACCUACCAUGACUGUGGCGUGAGAUGCCAGCGUCUUGGGAUCCAAGAUAAAGAGGACGACUUUAAUGAAGCUCAAGGCGGCUUUGACGAUUUCUCUGGUCCGAGACGUGAGCAGCAGACAGAUGUUGUGCAGCAGCUGCUCCAGGGAACUCGAGUCUAUGGCUUCUGAGUAAGCAAAGGAGACCGGUUUAAGUGCUGUUUACAAACAUGAGUAUGAAGAGCUUAAAGUGAAUCUAGAUUAAACCUGGAGAGCCGACCUUUGUACUCAAACACCAGGCGAGUUAGAGCCAGGACUGUGCAGGUGAUCAUGGUGACGGAGCCUGUGAGUCCUGCGUACACCAGCAUCAAGUACUCAUCCAUGGCAUCUGGAUAAGACAGACGAAUUAAUCAUUAAAUUAAUAUUACACUGUAUUCCUGCUCAAAUUUAAUGUGUUUUAAAGUGAAAAAAUCCGAAUAAAGAUAUUAUAUUGAGAUUGAUGUAUAUUUUAUUGUAUAUUGAUUUGUUUUAUUGUUCUUGAUUUUAUUCAUGUACAGCGUCUUUGCGUCCUUGAAAAGCGCGUUACAAAUAAAAUGUAUUAUUAUUAUUAUCAUUAUUAUUAUUUGACCUAAAUAAACUUUAAGGCGGUUCAUUAUUACCUUUCGUGUUUCCACAGAAGCGUACCAAAGCGUUUCCUAUUUCCACCAGCAGCGUGUAGGCGUUCUUACGAGCUCCAGCAGAAACUUCCUUUGUGCAGAUAAUCACCUGAAAGUGACGACAACUUUGUGUGAAAAUGAUCCGUCUUUUUGUCUGAGAGUCUGCGGUCACUUCUUCUUGUUUUUACCUCGGGCAGCAGUGCGGUGAUGAAGUCUCUGUGUUCCUCACUCAGCCGUUUCACGAUGUGGAUCAGACACUUCAGUCUCGGCUGUGAAGAGGCAAACAUGAGGGUCCAAUCAGACAGAGCUGUAAAUGACGUUUUACUUCGUUUGUGUUAUUCCUCUCGACGCUGCAGUCUCACCCUCUUUGCAGGUGAAGAGGCGUUUUUCAGAGUCUCGAGCAGGACGGCUUUGAGCGUUUCCAAAUUGGCUAGGACAAACGACCUGCACUCGUCUCGGUCUCCUCCACACAUCUCCUCCAGGACGCGGUACGCCUUCUUCUGCAUGCCUGGGUCUUUGGUCUGAGGACAAAAUUCACAGACAGACACAAAGUAAGCUGAAUAAAACACACUGAAUAAAAAAAUGGAGGAAAAAUAGCGAAAGAUUCUUAUUAUACAGCAAAAUCUGAGACGCUGGACUGGAUCCUGAGGGGUACAAGCCCUCGUUUAUACCCUCACCUCCAAAGAUGGCCUGAUGAGCUCAAAGGUUUUAGUCAUGGUGGCCUCAUCUACAAAAGGAGCCAUGGCGAUCACAAGGUCCAUCAUUGACAGGCUGAGAAGAAAAGUCAAAACAGAGAAGCAAAUAUAAGAAAGAAGGAGGAGGAU